UAUGCCUAGAAACAGAAAACAACAUGGCUGCGGGAAGUGCCAGUACCAGCAAACUUGAGGAUUUGAAAGAUGAAAAUGUUCCAGUAGCUUUGUACUGGUCUUAUAGCCAAGUCGCAGAUUGGAUACAAGAUCUGGGAUUCCCACAGUACAAGGCUUGUUUUACAAACAAUCUCAUUGAUGGAAGGCGUUUGGUGAUGGUUGAAGCAUCCGCAUUUCCCAAAAUAGGAAUAACGGAUUUUGAACAUAUCAAGAUCAUUUCCAAGAGUAUUCAAGAUCUUCUUACAUUAGAAGAGCCAGACUCCACACGUAGCAUCUCCUUACCACCUCGGAAUAACCUCGGUAUGUACUUGGAAAAGAAAAGUGUAAAAGGCAAAAUCAUAGACGGUAUGUCUUACCAAAAGUUUCUUCAGGAGCAUGCAGAUGCCAAGUGGAGACCACCUCUGUCGAAUCACUGUCUAAUACUGCCAUACAACACACCUCCUGGGAUAGUGGUAUUCAAGUAGAUGGUUAAGAAGAUUUUCAUAUUGGAAGUGGCUACCUUUGUUUCUGUGGACGACUUGAGUGUAAUCACAAGAAGAGAAAUAACCAGAUGAAGAGCAAUAUACCUGAAGAUACACAAACUAGACUCACUUCAGAUGGUUAACUGUAUUUUGUGUAUUUGAAUGAAUGGCAAUGUUAAAAAAUGUUUUUUGUUUUCAGAUGCUGACCAUUUUGUUUUAGCUAAUCAUGCCGAUGGCAAAUUCUACAAAGGAUGACAUCAUGUUCUACUUUUUAACAUGAUAUUUGAUAUUAAAUUAUAUACAUAUUGUUGAAGUAUAUUUUUUAUUCUUCAGGUGUUUUCUGAAAUUUUAUAUUUAGUAUUGGUAAGAUGUCACAAAAAGUGAACCAAAAUUCAAAUCCCUUGAACUCUUUAAACAAGCCAAGUUUGUUAUGAGUUAUUCUAAACUCUUAAUAAAGUAUAUUUAUACAUCAUGAACAAACAAGUUGUUAUACAAAGUAAAUUUUAAAAAUGUGUACAUCAUGCUGUCUGUAAUCAUUAGUUCACUUACUGUAUGUGUAAUAGUGAAAUUGUUUCAUGAUAUAAAUUUAUGUAUCUGUGUA